AUGCACGAUCGAUCACGGACUCCGUCGAAGAGCUGCAUCCGCAACCGCGACCACGAGGACGACGUCAACUACACGCUGGAGAUGUGUCGGUGGCUGUUGAAGCCGCUCGGCGUGUGGACCCUGAUCUACCGUCGCUCCAGCGGACCGCAAAAGGCGCUGUCCGUGCUGCUGCUGCUGUCCUGCGUCUCCUGUCUGUUGUUCAUCAUGCUGCCCUCGGCGAACAACAUCUUCUUCGGGGAGCAGGACAUAGACACCAAAGUGAAGCUGCUGGGGCCGGUCAGCUUCUGCGUGUUCUCGAUGAUCAAGUACGGCUACCUGAGCGCGAAAGGCGAAAUCCUGGGUCGCUGCGUCCAGCACGUGGAGAGGGAUUGGAGGAUGGUGGAGCGGCAGGACCACCGGACCAUCAUGCUGAAGCAAGCCGCCAUCAGCAGACACCUGAUCACCAUAUGCGUGGUUUUCCUGUACACCGGUGGCAUGUCCUAUCACACGGUGAUGCAGUUCCUGUCGAAGGAGACGCGACAAAGGAACGUCACCGUCAGGCCUCUCACCUAUCCCUGCUUCAACUUCCUCGACGCACAGUCCAGCCCCACCUACGAGAUCGUGUUCUUUUUUCACUGCGCCGCGGCGAUGGUCAUGCAGACCAUCACCACCGCAGCGUACAGUCUGGCCGCCACCUUCGUCACCCACAUCUGCGGACAGAUUCAGAUACAAAUCGCAAGGCUGCAGAACUUGAUCGACGAGGGUCAGGACAAGGGCGCUUUCCACCAGCAGAUGGCUACCAUUGUGAGCAACCACGUGGAGAUACUGAGGUUCUCGAAAGACGUGGAAAAGGCGUUACGCGAAGUGUGCUUAAUAGAAAUCGUGGAGUCAACUUUGAUUAUUUGUCUCCUCGAAUACUAUUGCUUGACGGAAUGGCAGAAGAGCGACGCCGUCGCGAUACUCACGUAUUUCAUGCUGCUGACGUCCUUCACCUUCAACGUAUUAAUAUACUGUUACGUAGGUGAAAUUCUAUCUGAACAGUGCAGUAGAGUGGGCCCAGCAUCUUACAAUGUGUACUGGUACAAUUUACCAGCGAAGAAGGCCUACAAUCUGAUCCUGUUGAACGCUGUGUCCCUUUACCCGCCCAAGCUGACGGCUGGAAAAAUAAUCCAGUUGUCUUUUACCACGUUCAGUGCUGUGGUAAAGACGUCGGUUAUGUACUUGAAUCUGCUUCGGACAGUUACUACAUGGUGA